CAACCACUAAUGAUAUAUGGAAGCUACAAAACAGAGAGGCCUCCCAACCUGUGAGCUAACAAAGUAACAAGACAGUCUCGAUCGGACGGUGUUUGCAUGUCAAUGGCGCCAUGCCGGCGGGCUGCGGGCGGCCUUGGUCCGCGCCACCGCUCCACGACCGGCCGCAGACACGGGCUGAUCCGACCACGCGAGCAAGACUUUGAGGAGAUUCUGCGGGAUGCUCGCGUCCGGGGAGGGUGGCUUGGCCACGCCGCCGUCUCCCAGUUCCCCGGCGACAUGGAGGGCUGUGUCCAUGGGGGCUUUGCCGCCGGUGACUCGUCCCGCCUACCGAUGUCAGAGCGCAUCAGGGAGAAGGCAUCACGCUUGCAGCGCGAGCUUGACAGUAUCGAGAGAUCAAUCGUCGUGCCCAUAUGCCUGCACCGCGAGGCCAGGGGUUUCUUCCCGGACAGCUCGCGUCGGCUCGACAGAUACCUUGAAGCCGCUAAGCGGCUGCUGCAGCUGGAGACUUCCGGAGACAUUGAUCGCCGCAAGAAAUCCCUCCUCAAGACGGUCAUGUCUUCGCUCGCCGUGGAGUUCUGCCACCUUAGGGUCUGGAGGCUUGACGACGCGCUGAUGGAUCACUCGCCUGACUCCAUCUGGGAGUCCGUCAGGCGCAGCCGCAGCUGCAGCGGCGGUUCCGAUGACCCAGCGGCGUCGAGCUGGCCGAGCUCCUCCGGUUCCAUCACGGGCACCGGCGACGGCACAAGUGAUGCCAGCAGCUACGGCACGUACCACACGGGUCUAGGUGAAGAGCCGUCGGUGCGAAGCCACAACACGUUCUCAGGCAUGAUUUAUAUCAACCGCAGGUCAUUGUCGAUCCUCAACGACAUUGCGGGCGUGAUGAUUAGGGGCGGUUGUGAACAUAUUCUCCGACAAGCCUUUGAUGGGCACUGCGCUCAGCUUGCAAGGUAUAUUGAAAUACUUGACAUUGAUAACAUUUGGGGCGGCCACACAGAAGAACCAAGAGAAAUUCGACUAAAAGUCUGGACAUCGUCAAUGCGCAUCAUCAUUGGUUUCCUUAGUGAGAUGCAAAGACAAUUAAAUCAACAAGAUUUUGGUUCCUUCAACACACUCAAGGAGGAUUAUUUCUCGGCAAUUGCAAAGGUGUCUGUCAUGAAGUUGCUUAACUCAGCUAGAUCUUUCUGUAUUCCAGUGGGCCCGCCAAUUGAUCCGUCCUGCAAGGAUAGAUAUGCAGUAGUUAAGUCUGAUCUAUCCAAAAUAGAAAAUGUGGUGAUGAUGUACCAAGCACUGAAUUAUGGCAUGCCAGCAAUCUUAACGUUGUUUUCGGGGAAAACUAAGGAGUUCAUUGUUGCAGAGGGUGAACUGCUUAUCAACAGAUUUUCACGUAUGUUUGUCAAGCUAUCUGUCGAACUAAACUAUCUGGUGAGGUCACAACGUUUGUUCAUUACUGACACUGGUGUCCAUCGUGCUACAAAGUAUAUCAUGCAUCAUAUGGGAUUGCUGGUUCAACAAAAGAACACAAUCCAUCUGAUGCUGAAGGGUGACUUUAAAGCAUUUGGUGAGUUGGUGACACAACUAAUCUCAUCUUUGGAGUUCAUGUUGGACAUAAAUUCCAGAAGCUUGCAAUUUCAAGGGCAACAACAGAUAUUCGUUUUGAACAAUGUGAACUUCUUGCUUGAGGAAGCCGGGAAAAAUUCAGAUCUGGGCCUGAUUCUAGGAGAAAGCUGGUUCUCACGGUGCCAUGACCAACUCGACCAGUGCAUAGAAGGAUAUUUAGAUGCGUCUUGGACACCGGUUGUGUCUUCACUCGAAAGACGAACCCGAUUCCCAACAAUGUUGUGGCCUCACCAAUUGGUUGACAAGUUCACUUCAUUUUUCGAGAUGACUUACAAUGUGCAGAAGAAUUGGAAAGUAACCGAUCCGCUGAUGCGGCAGAUGUUGCGCGAGGCAAUUUCUCAGAAGGUUAUCCCAUUGUACCGAAUGCAUAUGGAAAACUACUCAGAGAAGAAGCACAAGUCUACGAGGUAUAGCAUAGAGCAACUUGGGUCACAGUUGCUGGAAUUAUUUGAGGGGUGAAUCAAUCUACGAUGCCUCAAAAUGGGGAACUUUGGAUGUUGAUAUAUGGUUCACACUUUGUGCAUGUGACAUUUAGAACUUGUGGUCAGCUGGAGCCGCCCUGUAAAGGUGUAUAAGUGGCAUUUAAGUAGGGACGAGAACGGAGGUAAAAUCCUGAACUGACCUAUAUCGUUUCCUGGUUUUUUUCAUCGUUUCCAAUUUUAUAUAAAACCGAACCUAUUCCGAACCGGUGAAUAAAAAACAAAAUAAAAAACAAUCUAGCCUGAUUUCUGACCGUAUUUUCAAAAUAUCAUAUUUCACCGGAAAUUUCCGAGUAAACUCCGAAUAAUUUCUAUUUUUCCAGACUCAAACUAUUCUAAUUUUUGUAGGCCUUGACUCCAUACCAGGCAAGAGACCUUAAAAUAGUAAGAUGGCUGGUUGUACCCGAGUCAUUUUAUAUUUUUUAUAUAAUAGAUGGGUUCUUUGUAAUUUUUAUGUUGUAGUACAUUUUUGUGGUACUUAUGGAAUAGUUUUGCAUUAUGGUAUCAA